CGGAAGUUUAAUAUUCCGUUUUGUCGUGGUGGAAUCGAGUUCAGAUCGCUAACGUACUUAAGUACAAAGGUUUAAUGAAUUUAAAUGACAAAAAGUGUAUUUUUUCAAUACCGCAUAGUGUUUUUCUCGGAUUUUCCGGUUACAGCAUGAGUUCCCAGAUGGGAUUUUGAAGCCGUUUGGUCUGUUUCUGUUGUUUGACAAGAGAUUUGGGCCAGUAUGCAGAUGUAAUGGUCUGGCCGGUGAUGGGUAUUUUGGGGGAUGAUGUCAGUAGCUCGCUCAGUCUGGAUCUGUUAUGGUUCCUCAGUAUUUGAUUCCUUCAUCUCCCAUGUGUGGUGAGAGGUUGCGGAGGAGUGAAGGAAUGACUGAAUAUAAACUGGUGGUAGUGGGGGCUGGAGGCGUGGGCAAGAGCGCUCUCACCAUCCAACUCAUCCAGAACCACUUCGUGGAUGAAUAUGACCCAACCAUAGAGGAUUCCUAUAGGAAACAGGUGGUGAUCGAUGGAGAGACGUGUCUACUGGACAUCUUGGACACUGCAGGUCAGGAGGAGUACAGCGCCAUGAGAGAUCAGUACAUGAGGACGGGAGAGGGAUUCCUUUGUGUAUUUGCCAUCAAUAACACCAAGUCCUUUGAGGACAUUCAUCAGUACAGGGAACAGAUCAAACGGGUAAAGGAUUCGGAUGAUGUGCCUAUGGUGCUUGUGGGUAACAAAUGUGACCUCCCAGCUCGGACGGUGGACACGAGGCAAGCGCAGGAGCUCGCUCGAAGCUACGGGAUCCCUUUCAUCGAGACCUCGGCCAAAACCAGACAAGGUGUGGAGGACGCCUUCUAUACCCUCGUACGAGAGAUCCGGCAGCACAAAAUGAGGAAGCUGAACCCUCCGGACGACAGCGGCCAGGACUGCAUGAGCUGCCGCUGCGUUGUGUCGUGAUCAAGCUGACCAGCGCUUGUUGACCAGCUCAUGGCUCCCCAUGGCAGACUGGACCAGUGAGAAACGACAACCGUCUCAUCUGAAAGUGACUGUUAACAAAAAGCAAACAAGGCCGCCUGCGUAACAGACAUUUGAAACAGGAACGAGUCUUGCUUUGACCACCUGGAUCACCUUUUUGUCUGUCCACGUCUGCCUGAUAAACACCACUAAUGACUUACUCGUGUAUGUUCUUUAUUUGUAACCCGUGCUGGGUGGCGCUGUGGAUUUCUGCUAAAUUAUUGUUCUUGAAGUCUCAACACUGGUCUUAUAUGAACUCGGCACCUCUCAUGACCUCAACAACACACGAAAAACCUUCCUCGGCUCAGAUUGCAAUGACUGGACACUUGUGACCUCAUCCCACGUCCCCGUUCCCUUCAGUUACACCUCACGGACAGCAUACAGGUUGGGCGGAGAGAGUCGUACAAUUUACUCUGGAGGCGCUGUGCCUCCGUCAUCGGUCGGAGAUAUUUGUUUUGCUUAACAUGCAGGUUGUUUUAACAUACGUUUGUGAAUAAAUCCACACGGGCGCAUUAGUUAUGUGUGCUGGUUCAUGUGUAUGCUACGAAAGAACGUUACUAUUAGAAAAUUAAAAUGGCUGACUGAAUUUUCAAUAAUAAAACUGUUGAUCUGUUUUGAAAUCUUCAA